AUGGGAAUCAAGCCCUUCUCUCACGCACAAGCGAUGGCAAGAGGAUCAGGGGAGAUAGAUUCUGACACAGGGAACUUGAUGCCUUUCCUUGACCACCUCCUCACCUACAAGAUCACAGCUUACAACACUAGGCACCAAAGAGGAAGAAAGCUUAGUGUUGGAGGGCUCAUCACACCUAUCUUGUGUGCUGCUGGAGUAAACCCAACUGAUAAGAGAGCUACUGAACCAGGUUGGAUGGACAUCAAGUUUUGCAAGACCAACCUCCUCAUUGAGCACAAGGAGUUGGAUGGGAGGUUCCAAUUCAAGUUCACACAUCCAUUGGCUGGACCCUCCAAGCUUCUCCCAACCCUGAGCUCACCACAGUUCAGGGAGGAGCCUGAGCUCGAUCGAGCUGAGGAUCAGCUGAGUCGAGCUGAGGAUCGAGCUGAUCAGCCAGGAAGUGCGAUUGGAGGAUUGGACUUCUCCAAAGGUUCAACAAGUGGCAAGGGAAAGCCAUGGAAAGAUGCAAAAGUCCAUGGACAAGAUGGUGAGCAAGAUCAAGAGCUUGGAGAAGAAAGUUUCUGGUUCUUCAAGCAAGAAGAAGAAGUCCAAGGCCCCACUUUCCCUAGGAGUAGGUCACUCCUCACCACUCCAAAGGAGGCUCCCUGCCCAAGAGCCUCACAGAGCCUCUUCUUUCGAGCCAAGGGAAGGAGAGACAACACGCAGAGAAGGAGGAAGACUUCCAAGGCCAGACGCUCCAGCUCGACCACCGGACUCGAUCGAGUCCAAACAGAGGAAACUCAACUCGAUCGAGCUGAGGGUCGAGUUGACCUGGAGGAGCCCCUGUUUGAGAACCCUGGAUUCGAGUACGAUCAACCAGUACCAGGACUUCUCCAGACUGGACCCCUACAACAGCUUCGAGCACCAAGCUCCACCAAGGCCAAGGAGCCACACACUUUCAACGAUGAAGAAGAGGAGGAAGAGGAGCCACAAGCUCGAUCGAGUGAGCCGAGGCAACCCAGUUGCAGUGGAGCGCUCCUGAUGGCCGUCUCCCAUCUCCAGACCACGACCUAG